ACAGCCGAAGCCCAAACCAAUAAGAAUCCUGUAUCUCUGCGGCUAAAACCCUUAAACCCUCUGAAACUCCAAUCCAAAAGCAUCUUCUUCCAGAUCUCACAUCCCUCUCAUGGCUUCCGCCUGCAGACAAUUCGCCAGCAGAGCGUCCCUAUCCUCCAUCCGAUCGGCCAUCAGAUCCAACGCCCCUAAAUCCCCCACCUCACGCUUCCCCGGCCCCGCCUCCGCUCCCUCCUCCGCUCCAGUUCGCGGCUUCUCUAUCAACAGGUCUACGGGAGUGUUGGGAUGCGUGCAAUCUCUGCUGCCGCUCCACAGCGCGGUGGCCGCGGCGAGGCUGACGUCAGCGCUGAGCACAACUUCGAGGAGCUGCCGGGCGCUCUCACAGGGUACUCUCUGCCGCACCUCUCCCAGCCUCUAAAACUUUUGCUUUCUUUUUGAAUUGCACAUAAUAUCCAUAUGCUUGAAAGAAAUAAACUGGACCUGCUAAUUAUGGCCUGCUGCUCAUUACCAAAGCUUGGUUUGUCUGUUCCAAGGUGAUUUGCAGCAGGCUGUCAUCAUGAUCAGAAGUUACCUUCACGGGAAUGGAAAAUCACAGAUUUUGUAGUUUUUAUUAAUUCAGACCAGGUUACACUGUUACAGU